AUGGACUUAUCGACGACCGCUUUCGCGGUGAACACGCCCAAGUUUUGGGGUGGAGAAAAGGAGCUGGUUGCGGAUUGUAUUGAAACAGGAUGGAUAUCAUCGGAAGGCCCCGCGGUGAAAGAAUUCGAAUCCAAAAUGGCUUCGAGGUGCAGCAGGAGGCAUGCCAUUGCGUGUGCCAAUGGCACUGCUGCAUUGGACAUUGCAGUGAAGGCGUUGAACUUGAGUGAAGGCGAUGAGGUGCGCACCGCACCGAAUCAGCGACAGAGUUUGGAAGAGACACGGCAUUACACCAUGUCUUAUGACGUCCAAGAGAAGAGGCUCGUGAUUCUUCCAAGCUUUUGCAUCAUCUCAGUGAUCACCCAGGUCGUGAGAGGCGGUUCCGUUCCCGUCUUGGUGGACUCGGAUGCGACCUUCAAUAUGGACGUGUCCCAGCUCGCCUCCAAGAUCACUCCGAAGACCAAGGCGAUCAUUUGUGUCCACACUUACCACUUUCCCGUGGACAUGGAGCCGGUGCUUGCUUUGGCCAAGGAACAUGGCAUCAAAGUCAUAGAGGAUGCGGCUGAAAUGAUUGGGCAGACUUGCCUGGGGCGGCCCUGCGGCUCCUUUGGAGAGAUCAGCACCAUGAGCUUUUACCCAAACAAGCACAUCACCACAGGUGAAGGUGGGAUGGUUUUAUGUGAUGACCCAGAGUUGGCCGAGAGGUGCCAGCAGCUGCGGAACCUAUGUUUUGAUCCCAAGAAGCGGCGCUUUGUCCACGAGGACUUGGGGUGGAAUUACCGCAUGACCAACCUGCAGGCAGCCUUGGGCCUUGGUCAGCUGUUGCAUCUGGACGAAGCCGUGCAACGCAAACGCGAGAUUGGGCGCUUGUACAGCAAGCUCUUGAAGGGAUGUCCUGGUCUCAUUCUACCUCCAGACGAUCUGAGAUCGGAGACCAACAUCUACUGGGUCUAUGGGGUGGAAUUGCUUCCGUCUGUCCCCUGCGAAGCAGAUGAAGUAAUGAAGCACCUGGCUGCUGCCAAAGUGGGCACAAGGCCUUUUUUUUGGCCAAUGCACGAGCAGCCGGUGUUUCUCCAGAUGGGCCUCUUUAAAGGCAUUGCGAAUUUGUCCGACGAGCAUGGCAGACGGCAAAGCUUCCCGGUGGCCGAGCGCAUCGCUCGACGUGGCUUCUACAUCCCCAGUGGUGGGGAAACCUCGCACACGAGACGAGCCGGAUGUAUUUUGGGGCACUGUACUGCUUGGCUGGGUUGCUUGGAUCGAAGAGACCAUGGCGCGACAUGA